AUGACAGCUCUUGUUCCAGUAACCCUCUCCUUCCUUCUCCUCUGGACCCUGCCAGGGCAGGUCCUCCUCAGGGUGGCCUUGGGUAAAGAAGAAGUCAAAUCUGAGACCAAGGGUGUUACACAGCCCAUGUCCCCCUCUGAUUUUCUGGACAAGCUUAUGGGGCGAACAUCUGGAUAUGAUGCUAGGAUUCGGCCCAAUUUUAAAGGCCCACCCGUGAACGUGACCUGCAAUAUCUUCAUCAACAGUUUUGGCUCUGUCACCGAGACCACUAUGGACUACCGGGUGAAUGUCUUCUUGCGGCAGCAGUGGAAUGACCCACGCCUGGCCUAUCGAGAGUAUCCUGAUGACUCACUGGACCUUGAUCCCUCCAUGCUGGACUCCAUCUGGAAGCCAGACCUGUUUUUUGCUAAUGAGAAAGGGGCCAACUUCCAUGAGGUGACCACAGACAACAAGUUACUGCGCAUCUUCAAGAAUGGGAAUGUGCUCUACAGCAUCAGGCUGACUCUCAUUUUGUCCUGCCCAAUGGACCUCAAGAACUUCCCUAUGGACAUCCAGACCUGCACAAUGCAGCUGGAGAGCUUUGGCUACACCAUGAAUGACCUCGUGUUUGAGUGGCUGGAAGAUGCUCCUGCUGUCCAAGUGGCUGAGGGGCUGACUCUGCCCCAGUUUAUCUUGCGGGAUGAGAAGGAUCUAGGCUAUUGUACCAAGUACUACAACACAGGGAAAUUUACCUGCAUCGAGGUGAAGUUUCACCUGGAGCGGCAGAUGGGCUACUAUCUGAUUCAGAUGUACAUCCCCAGCCUACUCAUCGUCAUCCUGUCCUGGGUCUCCUUCUGGAUCAACAUGGAUGCCGCCCCUGCCCGUGUGGGUCUGGGCAUCACCACCGUGCUUACCAUGACAACCCAGAGCUCUGGCUCUCGGGCCUCUUUGCCCAAGGUGAAGAGACAUGAGGAACUUGCUUGCCAUAGAGCCCCCCAUUUCCCAUACCCCCUGCUCCCUCAUAGUCCCCAUUUACCUUGGAUAUAA